AUGUCGCUGUCGCAGUGGAAACUUGACUACAGCUAUUCUUCGAAAAGCUGCCGCACGUCGGAUAGCAACUUCAAUCCACCUGGAUUUUACUCGUCAGCAGCUACUAUUCAGCACACCGCCGACGCUGAACGAUCCGCCGAUCAACACGAGCAUUUGGCUAGGAAGCGAGCGUGGGAUACUGCGAUGGGACCUGCGAAGUCGCUGCCGAUGAACAUGUUCAUGAUGUACAUGGCCGGUGGUGGCGUAUCGAUUUUCCCAAUUAUGAUGGUCGGAAUGAUGCUUUUCAGGCCGCUCAAAGCCCUUUUCUCCGUUAAUUCCACGUUCAAGCCACUAGAGAGCCCCGCCACCGGAGCCAUGAUUAUCCACAAGCUGAUCUUCUGUCUCGGAAACCUCGGUGCCAUCGGUCUUGCCAUCUACAAAGUACACACAAUGGGCCUUCUCCCCAACACACCCUCUGAUUGGCUCGAAUUCAUUCCACAACCGGGACGUGCUCAGUAUUCGAUAAUUGACGAAGUAUUCAUCUGA